AUGGCAAAGUAUACCUCCCUACUUUUUUGUAUCGUGGCAGCAAGUCUCGCAGCAGUUACUGCCGUUACUGAUGAAGAAAAGGCUGUCUUCCGUGAGGCGAUGGAGCCAAUCAUAGCCGCUUGUUCUGCGGAGCACAGCGUUAGCGAAGGAGACAUUAAGGCAGCUAAAGAAUUACAUUAUGCGGAUAACAUCAAACCUUGCUUCAUUGGAUGCGUCAUGAAAAAAACAGAAAUAUUGGACAGCAACGGUCUUUAUGAUGCCGAAAAAGGGCUCAGCAAAUUGAGAAAAUUUGUCAAAAGUGAUGAAGAUUUUGCUAAGUUUGAAAGCGUUGCUAAGAAAUGCCUAAAAGUUAACGACGAACCUGUUAGUGACGGUGCUGCUGGAUGCGAUAGAGCCAAGUUAAUAAUGGCAUGCGCUGUUGAAAAUAAAGCUGAGAUCCCAAUAUAA